CUCUGUGAACCACUCAGGCUUAUCCCCCGAGAGGUGAAGCUUCAAAUCUCCAGUAGCUACCAGCCAGUUUUACGCAAUAGAAGACACCAGAGCAAUGCUGUUUUUGGUAUUACUGGACUACGAGAUGCGUUGAAGAGAAGUUGAAGCUUGGAAAUUGGAAAAUGAAUCGAUACACGACCCUGAAGCAGCUGGGAGAUGGGACGUAUGGGAGUGUGUUAUUGGGGAAAUGCAAUGAGACAGGAGAGCUUGUUGCUAUUAAAAGAAUGAAGAGGAAGUUUUUCUCUUGGGAAGAAUGUUUAAAUCUCAGAGAAGUGAAGUCUCUGAAGAAACUGAGCCAUGCCAACGUGGUCAAACUGAAGGAGGUGAUCAGAGAAAAUGACCAGCUCUACUUUGUGUUUGAAUACAUGAAGGAAAACCUCUACCAGCUCAUGAAAGAAAGAGAGGAAAGGAUGUUUUCUGAGCAUGAGAUCAGAAAUAUCAUGUUUCAGGUGUUGACUGGUUUGGCUUUUGUGCACAAACAUGGUUAUUUCCACCGAGACAUGAAGCCAGAGAACCUGCUGUGUAUGGGCCCAGAGCUGGUGAAAAUCGCAGACUUUGGACUGGCCCGAGAAAUCCGCUCCCAGCCUCCGUACACCGACUAUGUGUCCACCAGAUGGUAUCGUGCUCCAGAGGUCCUGCUCAAAUCCACGUCCUAUAACUCUCCGGUGGACAUGUGGGCGGUCGGCUGUAUCAUGGCUGAACUCUACACGCUCAGACCUCUGUUCCCCGGAAACAGCGAAGUCGACGAGAUCUUUAAAAUCUGUCAGGUGCUGGGGACGCUGAAAAAGUCGGACUGGCCAGAAGGAUAUAACCUGGCGUCCUCCAUGAACUUCCGCUUUCCUAAGUGUGUCCCUACGAGCCUCCGUAGUCUGAUCCCGAACGCCAGUGAUGAUGCCAUAGCUCUGAUGAGGGACCUGCUGCAGUGGGACCCAGACAAGAGACCCAGCGCUGUGCAGGCUCUCAGAUACCCAUACUUCCAUGUGGGUGUUUCAAAUGUUAAAGUCCAGGCCAAGUUUGUGGAAGAGAGCGCUGAGCCUCUGUCUCUGUGUACGAAGCACCCAGACCCUUCUCGUGAGCAGGUUAAAUCUCCCGCAGAGACAGAGGAGUACAGCCCUCCUCCUCCUCUGCAGCCCGUCCACCCUCUGCACACGACACAAACACCACAAGAAACUCACAAACAAGAGGAGCCACUCAGCCUGGUCAAAAACACACAACAGCCUGUCAAAGCAGUUCACACCGGAGCGAAGAGCAGCGCCCCCAGUGCCCGAACGUGGCGUCGCAGAUGGGGCCAAACUUCUUCUAAAUCACUGGACAGUUUCGAUAACGCAGACGUCGCAGAAGCUGUUGUCUCCAUCUCCAAAAAACCCACGAUUAACUCUCGGAAAAACAGGAUGCUGGACAGACAGAUUUCGAGUGCGUCUUUAAAGCAGCAAACCAACUCCACAAUGAACAGAUCUGAGUCGACGGUUUUAUCGGCAAAGCAGCACUACCUCCGUCAGUCCAGAUACAUGCCCGGUGUAAACCCAAAAAGCAGCUGUAAAGAGAGACAGAAAUGCAACAAGAACCAGUUUGGAAGCUUCAGUUUAUGUAAAUCCAAGGGACCAGAAUUUGACUUCAAUAUAGAUGAAAACAGAUGGAACAACAAACCCUUCAGCAACGAGACUCCAAAAUCGACUCACAUUUUGAAGUCUACUUUUGGUCGUAGCUCAAACCUCGCCCCAGUGCACGGACGAGUGGACUGGACCGCCAAAUAUGGAGGAGGAUACCGAUAA